AUGGCACUUCUGGCCCGUAAAGCGCCAGCUUUUCUGCCGGCGUCAACGUCUUCUGCAGUCAAGCAUAUGAUUUACGAAGAUUCACAUUUUGCCAUGCGAAACAGUCUUACAAAAAUGAUCAAAGAAAAAAUCAAUCCAAAUGUUGCACAAUGGGAGAAAAGUGGAAGAUAUCCAGCACAUUAUGUAUUCAAAAUGUUCGGACAGUUGGGCGUUUUUGCAGUUAAUAAACCUGUUGAAUUCGGUGGAACUGGCCGAGAUUUUUCAAUGUCAAUCGCAGUUGCUGAGCAAAUUGGAGCAGUGGAUUGUGGAUCAAUUCCAAUGUCAGUUAUGGUACAAACUGAUAUGAGUACUCCUGCGUUGGCACAAUUUGGUUCUGAUUUUCUUCGAAAUCGGUUCCUCCGUCCCUCGAUUAAUGGAGAUCUUGUCAGUUCGAUUGCAGUUUCAGAACCUCAUGCAGGAUCAGAUGUUUCUGCAAUUCGUACGUACGCUCGAAGAUAUGGAACUGAUUUGAUAAUAAACGGAUCAAAAAUGUGGAUAACAAACGGUGAUCAAGCUGAUUGGGCAUGUGUUUUAGUGAAUACGUCGAAUGAGAAGAAUCUUCACAAGAACAAAUCGCUGAUUUGCAUUCCUUUGGAUACACCUGGAGUCCACAGAUCAACUCCUUUGGAUAAAUUGGGAAUGAGGAGUUCCGAUACGGUUCAGUUAUUUUUUGAGGAUGUCAGGGUCCCGUCCUCCUACAUAAUUGGAGAAGAGGGCCGUGGCUUCUCAUAUCAAAUGAAACAAUUCAAUGACGAACGUCUUGUCACAGUCGCCGUCGGUCUUCUUCCUCUUCAAAAAUGUAUCAACGAGACGAUUGAGUACGCAAGAGAACGGUCAAUAUUCGGCAAGACACUACUCGAUCAACAGUAUGUUCAAUUUCGAUUGGCUGAGUUGGAAGCGGAACUAGAGGCCACUCGAUCUUUGCUCUAUCGGACAGUGUUGGCACGGUGCCAGGAUGAGGAUGUGAGCAUGUUGACGGCGAUGGCGAAGUUGAAAAUUGGGAGAUUAGCUAGGAAAGUUACAGAUCAGUGCUUACAGAUCUGGGGAGGUGCUGGAUACUUGAAUGAUAAUGGAAUAUCUCGAGCGUUCCGAGACUUCAGAAUCUUCUCGAUUGGUGCUGGAUGUGAUGAAGUAAUGAUGCAGAUAAUUCAUAAAACUCAGUCUAAAAGACAACAACAAAAAUCUAUUUGA